AUGGAUUCUCGAAUGCACAGUCGCCAAGGGUGCUGUUCGCAGCCUGCUGUGAAACCUAUUGGCAAGAAAAUUCGAUCAAUCCAUCAAAAGCGACUUACACACUUCACGGAUACGACACAGUACAAGGAACAGAGCAUAUUUCCAAAACUUGCUCAUGCAACAGCCUCUGGAGGUGACAACGUUCGACUCUUGGUGUACUCUCCAACCGCACCGUCGCGCCCUACGUUCGCGGAAGUCAAAUCUCAAGAGUUCAAACCCACGGAAGUAGGCGCUUCUUUCGGACCCAGUUGGUCUACACAUUGGUUUCGGGUGGAAAUCAUUGUACCAGAAUGUAUGACGAACUAUUCUCAUCUCGAGUUCCAUUGGAACUCUAAUAGCGAGGCUAUGGUUUGGACGGAAGAUGGCGAGCCUGUGCAAGGCUUAACAGGGGGCAGUGAACGCGGAGGUGAGAGACAGGAAUGGAUCUUCCCUCAACAGUGGAAGGAUGGGAAAAGACAUACCUUUUUCAUUGAGAUGGCAUGCAACACCAUGUUUGGAAACGCUGAAAUGCACGACAUUAUCCAGCCUCCUCCCAUGGACAAGUACUUCAAACUUGAAAAGGCAGACAUUGUAGCCGUCAAUGUCGAUGCAAGGCAGCUGCUAUUUGACUUUUACGUCAUAAGGGAUGCGGCACUAUAUCUACCUCAAGACUCGUGGCAAUCGCAUCGCGCUCAGCAGGCAUGCAAUGAAAUCCUAGAUACUUUCUCUGCUGGCGACGGCAGCUCGGGUGCUAUUUCAAAGUGCAGAGAAAUUGCUCGAAGCUAUCUUGGUGACAGAAUUGACACAGAAGAGGUUUUCAAGACAGAUCAGACGGCAAUAGUCUCGGCUAUUGGCCACUGCCACAUUGACACAUGUUGGCUUUGGCCUUGGGAUGAAACAAAGAGGAAAGUCGCUCGUUCGUGGAUUAGUCAAUGCAAUCUUAUGGACCUAUAUCCUGAGUACCGGUUCUGCUGCUCCCAAGCACAGCAGUAUAAGUGGCUGGAGACUUUGUAUCCAACAAUAUACGAGCGAGUCAAAGAAAAGAUCGCCAAGGGAACGUUCCAGCCCAUUGGUGGAAGUUGGGUUGAGCAUGAUACAAACCUCCCCAGUGGUGAAUCUCUGGUCCGUCAAUUUCUAUACGGACAGCGAUAUUUUCAGAGUCGAUUUGGUCGCAGGCAUACUACAUUCUGGCUACCUGACACUUUUGGUUAUUCGGGUCAGCUUCCCCAGAUUUGUCGCUUAGCGGGAAUGACGAGCAAGGUGCUCUGUCAUAUGACACCUGCAGAGAAAUAUAACGCGGACGCGACAUUGCAAGACCUCGUACGCUGCGAAACGAGACACAAAUCACUGGAUCAGGAUAACACCUCGCUAUUAGUUAAUGGAAAGGGCGACGGAGGAGGCGGCCCAACAAUCGCGCAUUUGGAAAGCUUGAGACGAUGCCGUGGCAUGAGCGAUCAAGUAGAUCGCCUGCCUCGCGUUCAACAGGGUAACUCUGUGGACGACUUCUUCUCUCAGUUGGAGCACAGAGAAAAGGAUACCAAUAAUCCAUUUGUUACUUGGUUCGGUGAACUGUACUUCGAAUAUCAUCGAGGCACCUAUACUACCCAGGCUAAGACCAAGUUGAGCAACCGGCGGGCUGAAACCUUCCUACAUGAUCUGGAAUAUUUGGCCACACUUGCCAGUAUACAAAAGGAUUCAACUUACAGGUACCCAAAGAAGGAGAUUGACGAGAUGUGGGAGAAGGUUCUGCUUUGUCAAUUCCAUGACUGCCUUCCAGGGAGCUCGAUUGAGAUGUGCUACGAUGAUACGGAUAAACUCUACGAUGAGGUAAUCUCCGUGGGAAAUACAGCACUUACGAAGGUUGCGGCCGCGCUGCAGCUAAACUUGCAGCCAACAGAUUCUGCCAAUCUUGUGGGAGUAAACACGCUCGAUUGGGACAGGGUUGGUCUAGCACCAUUGCCGGCCGCAGCUCAUUCCGAGGGUAACCAGAAGUAUGGUUUCUACCGAUGUGGACCAGGUAUAUCACCACUUCAGCCCCUGUCAGGCGUUUCUUUCGAGGCAGCGACCAUAUCCGAAUCUAGCAAGGGUAUUUGGAUCUUGUCAAACAGCCAGUACCGUGUCACGGUGACUCAAGGCACCAUCAUCUCGCUCUAUGACCUCCGCAGAGACCGCGAAAUAAUUCCUGAUGGUGCAAGAGCCAAUCAGCUCGUUGUGUUUGGUGAUAUGCCUCUUUAUCAUCAGGCCUGGGACGUGGAAACAUAUCAUCUCUCUCAAGGUCGCGAACUGGAAGGAGGGGUUUCGUAUCUGGGUGAAAGUGGUCCUGAGAGAGUUUCAGUGACAACAAUCACAAAGAUAUCUGAGAGCAGCUCGAUCAAGACUACAAUAUCCCUUAAUGCUGUCAUUGAUCACCAAGAGGAAAGUCAUAUUGAAUGCUCUGCAGACGUUGACUGGCACGAGAACAUUAAGUUCCUCAAGGUCCAGUUCCCAGUGGAUAUUUACAACACAAAGGCAUCAUAUGAGACUCAAUUCGGCAUUGUGGAACGACCAACACAUUACAACACCUCCUGGGAUAUGGCCAAGUUCGAGGUGUGCUGCCACAAAUGGGCCGACUUAUCGGAAGCAGGAUACGGUGUGAGCAUUCUUAACGACUCCAAAUAUGGCUUCGCUACGAGCGGAAACAUGAUGCGAUUGAGCCUGCUCCGUUCACCAAAGGCUCCCGAUGCCAACGCUGAUAUGGGUCGUCAUCAUAUUAAAUGGGGCAUUUUCCCUCACGAAGGACCUGCAGGUUGGCAAACAGUGAAGAAGGGCUUUGAGUUCAACAUUCCAGUCCGUAUUGCCUCGUGCCCUAAUGGGAUCCGCUCGCCGGAGUUGCCAGUGAGCCCCGUCAAAUUGAGAGACGGUCUAGGACUAGUGCUGGACACCAUCAAGAGAGCAGAAGAUGAUACGGAUGUAAGUUGCGGCAAUUUGCCUACAAGGGAUGGCAAAAGCAUCGUAUGCCGAGUAUAUGAUGCCAUUGGUGGGAAGAACAGGGCUUUCUUAGAGACCGGGCACGCUAAGAUUCAGAAGGCGUGGAAAUGCAAUCUCUUGGAAGACGACCUAGAGGAGCUGCCCAUUGUGAAUGGUGGUGUAGAGAUAGAGCUGCAAAGAUUCGAACUGGCUACCUAUAGACUACUUUUAGAGUAGCUGCUAGAUGUUGGAAUCACUGGACGUGGUGCCUCUAUGCUGAAGUCUGUCGCAAAGCAAGGGUAGAAGUUAGAGGUGGAUCGAUUAUGCGCACGAAUAACAUCUACAAUCCAUGAGCCGUCAUAGACUAGCCUCUCCAGAUAAGUCUACU